AUGUCAGACCUUGUCUCCGGAGGCGCAGGCUGUGGCCCGUCCAACCCUCUUCAGAACAUUGGCAAGCGCUUUGGACAAGACCGAGGUGCUCAACAGGAUACCUUCGCAAACAGCCCUUUCGCACAGCAACAGCAAGGACCCUCUUUUCGAUCGCAAGGCGGCUCAUCGUCGCAAGCGCCGCAGCAACGGUCCUUCUUCAAUGCCUCGGCACACCAGCCACCGUUUGCAGCACAGAGCCACGUCCACGAUGCUUUCGACGUCUCCCAGCUUCGUGGCAGUCUGCCCAGCCCUUCCCGCACUCCGAUGCAACAAUCCCACCAGCGCCCUGCUCCAGGACCGAGUAUGGCAGAUAUGGAAGCAAGUUUCCGCCCCGCUUUCUCCAGAAACGCAACCAUACAAGCAGCUCCAUGUGCAGCCCCUUCUGGCUGGGUUACCGAUUUCCUCAGCGCAGAGGCUUCACAUGCCCACUCUCCACACCAAGCUCAGCCAGCACAGCAGAUGCACACCGAACAGCAGCAGCAUGCCGUUCACACCAACAUCAUUCCCAUGCGUCUGAGGAUGGGCAUGGUGCCGCACGAUCCAUCACAUCAGCAGCGCCUUCCGCAUCCGAUGCAAACAUCAGCUGCAGCACCUCAAGCCGACAAUGCAAAGUGGGCUGAAGUGUUCACCGCAUUCGAAGCCUCCUCAAAGCCAGCAGAAGCAGCACCACAGCCUAUGGUCGACCAAGCAAAGCCAGUGGACAAGGUCGAUUACAAUGAUCCGCAGGAACGCGAUGAGCUAGCACGCACCGCCGGCAGGCUUGUCUCCUCUGUAGAGCACGACCAGAGCGCCAAGUUCAAGCAGAGCAACUUUCUCGAUCUCAUGCGCAAGAUCCGUGACAAGCAGGCCGGAAUUCAGGGAGACAACAUUGUCGAGAACGCCGAUAUGGACACAGCCUCCUCGCUCGACGAGGGCAAAGGCAAAGCAAGCGAUCUCAGCGCUGGUCAACGUCUUUCCUCGGCUCAACGUCUUUCCUCAGCUCAACCUCAGUCUCAGCAGGAAGCCUACUUGUGGGCCAACCAAAUGGCUGCCAGCGGAACCGCGCAGCAGUUGCCACCUAGUGUGCAAAGGUCGCUAGCCCGCACCAAUGCACUUCCAACGGAUGCUCCUGCCAACGCAGCCACACAACAGGUGAUUGACAACCACAAGGCACUCAACGACUUGUGGGCCGAGGAAGAUGCACGCAGUCGAGCCAUCGAGCAGCAAGCCAUGGGCGAGAGUGCACAGGCUUUUGUGGGAGACGGUGGUGAUGUAGCCGCUCGUAUGCGUGAAGACGAUGCCGAUGCAAGAGAGUUUGCAAAGUAUCAGCGUAUGGGUGCCAACAUUCCUCACGCCAGCACCUUCAACCGCAGGUGGGAGGAGGACAUGAAUCGCGGUGUCGAUCAGAUCGAGGAUGACCAAGUCGAUUUUGUUGGUCGAAGGUGGGAGGGCAACAAGGGCAGAGGUUAUAUGGACGCCCAGACUGCAGAGUGGGAUAAGUUGCAGCAGGACUGGGACAACUUUGAGGUGACUUGCGCUGGAAUCCGACCCGUUACCUUGCCUCAACGAUCAGCCACGACGACAACACAGAUGCAGCCAGCGCCCGCCUACCGCUUCCUCAGCGACAACCCUUACAUCGCAUCCACCCGACAUCAUGCGCAACACUCGGGAGGCUUGCCAGCUGGACUCGAAUCUGUCCUCGAAAAGGAAGCCGCUGUCCAACAGGAUCCUCACAACGCAUCAGCCUGGUACGAUCUCGGUGUCAAACAGCAAGAAAAUGAGCGUGAAGUACAAGCGAUCGCUGCUCUUCGCAAAGCUCUCGAUCUCGAUGGCAACCUCAAAGAUGCCUGGCUUGCGCUCGCUGUUAGCUACACCAACGAAAACGACCGAACCGCUGCUUACGAAGCCAUCGAAGAAUGGAUCGACAAAAACGAUGUUUAUCGCGACGUCAUCCAGCGUGCCAAUGCCGAACUUGACUUUGCUCCCUCCUCUACCCAGCGCAAUCGCAGUGAUAGCGUCUCCUCGCACAGCACCUCGGCUUCUGUCGUCGAAAAGCACUCGCGUCUCACCAAGCUUCUAAUCGCUAUGGUCCGCAGUGGUGGCGAGAGAGGCGAAAUCGAUGCAGACGUCCAAGUGGCUCUAGGAGUUAUUUUCAACUCCUCCGAAGACUACGAUAAAGCUGUCGACUGCUUUUCCACUGCCCUGUCCGUUCGACCUCAAGAUUGGCUGUUGUAUAACCGUCUAGGAGCAACCUUGUCUAACUCGGGCCGUUCAGCAGAAGCAAUUCAAUACUACCACCAUGCAUUGAAUCUUCAACCGGAGUUUGUCAGGUGUCAUUUUAACCUAAGCAUCUCUUGUUUGAAUUUGAAGAUGUAUCAGCAUGCAGCAGAACAUGUUUAUACUGCUCUGACAUUGCAACAGGCGGAAGAAGAACAGUUGGGUGGUUUGGUGCAAGGAGGCAAAGAUGUUUAUAGACAAUCAUGUGCUACCAGUGCAAGUCUUUGGGAAACUUUCAGAGUCGCUUUGGAGUUGCUCAAUAGAUGCGAUUUGGCAAGUAAGUGCGCACAUAGGGAUAUCAAUGCUUUUCACCUCACAGAUCUCGUUCCUCCAGCACCGGCUAUGUUGGAUGGUCAUGUUGCUUAG